AUGUCUGCGUCACCGUCUUCAGGCGGCGGAACAUCCGGCGCAGCUCCCUCUGCUCAUCGGCUGAGCACCAGAGUCUGCGACAACUGCAUUCGGUUCGUAGACCUCGCAUCAAUUCUCGGCACUACAGCAUCUGACACUCUCCAUGCCUCAGCUCCAAAGUCCGAUACCGCGGCAAGACAUGUAGCUACUCUACGACGCGUCGUCGGCCAGGGCCAGCUCCUGGCUCCGGUAGGGCCCCACGGGCAAUCCGUAAUCGAGAGAGGAGGCAUUCUGGCCGAUUCUACCCUUGAGGACAUCACUUCUUCGGUUCCAAUUGUUUCGGAUCUACCAUCUGAAAGCCCUGAAACCCCUGUCACUUCCCACACAUCUAUUGGCAAUCAAUCAACACAAAGUCUAAACAUCUUGCCCGAAGAGGAAACGUACCUGGCCGAUGAAUACUUUAAAUCCAUAAAUGAAGCCAUACCACUAUUCUCCGAGGCCGCAGCAUCAAGCAGCAAAGACGCCCUAUCAGCAUGCAGCCCCGAACUCGCUGAAGCUCUACUUCUCAUCACAGCCAAACUCCUCGGCUUUAAAUUUUCAUCCCCUCAUUUUGACCUCGACGGUCGUAUAGACCUAAUCCUAAGCAACACAACUCUUCAAGAAGACACAGCCGGUGAUUUCCCAAGUCUUGACCUCUUUCGCAAGUUCUGCCUACUCGUCUUUUAUGAAUUCCACCAAUUCCCUGGGCAGCAAGCCUGGAUGCGCAUAGGAAAGAUCGUCCGGCUAGCGUAUUGGAUGGGCCUUGAUCGUCUGGACAUAAUCCAAUCCGUCUCCCCAGAAUGGUCCAAUGUGAGUGACGCGGACCUUCAGAACUGGAAACUUGUCUGGUGGUGUGUGUAUCGUCUUGACUCGUACGCCAAUCUCUCAUCCGGAACACCGUACCAAGUUGAUGAACGCCUUGUCAACACAUCUUUAAAUCACCAGGAUCAGCUUUCUCAGGGUUUCGUCGCUCCUUGCAGGUUACCCCACGAUCCGCGUGGUCUUCCUGACCUUCUCUUGUUCGUCAAGACCGGGAACGAAAGCAGUGUCCUCUUCAACAUCCAUCUCAUCACCGUCACUGUCCUGCGGCAAUUCGGUCGGGCAAUGAGCAUGCGCUAUCUGGUUCCUCACGAGAUCCUCACGGCGAAUUUACUCGACGCAGAACGUACACUAUCUGCAAUACGUCUAGCCUUACCGCGAAACUUCUUGAACCCUGGAAGAAACGCCUUCAUGAAUGAGUCAAACACAAAUCACCAUGCGAGAUUAGUUCCAGUACUCCAACUACAUAUGGCACAACUGCUGGCUGCCCUUGCGAGCUGCUACUAUCUUCCCGAAGGCGAUGAUUGGACUCUUAGCUGGCAGCGUGUCCUGGAGACCUGCCAGAACAUAGCCGGGAUAGCAGAGAAAUGGGACAGCAAUUACACUCUCACGGUAGAUCCAGCACUUUCGCUCAUCAGCUUGACUGCGCUUGUCUUCUUGGAUAUUCACAAGAAGUAUACUGAAAGUACAAACACACAUCUCAUAUCCGAGAUUGAGAAUUGUGAGCUUCUCCUGUUGCUCCAGCUUGAGCAAUUUGUCGUUCAAGAGCUUCAAGGAAUCGGUGACGGGUCCUCUUUCUUAUCCACACAUCCAACUUAUCCUGUCCCGAUUCGAGAGUCCGUUACAUCCGAGGUGGUUGCAGUUCUUGUCCUCCGCGCAAACGCAUCUCGAGAACGUGAUAUGGCUACAUGGCACUUGAAGCCGGAUUCACAGAUAUAUAAAUCUUUAAAGUCCCUACCUCAUCACAUCAGCUCUCUGACUCGACAUCUUCUCGUAUUGAAGUUCUUUGUGGGAGGACUUCAGGUUUAG